AUGCGGAAGUAACGUAGUGAAGUUUUGCUGCUUUUUCACGGAAAUGUGCAACUAAUUCGCUGAUAUAAUGCCAGGAGGGAUGCUUACAACGUUUUCAAGUUAACUCGUUGGUGGUUAUUCAAGCAAAUGUGAGGGCCUGUGAGACAUGGAGGAGCUCUACACUUUAGAAAAGGAGGUAGGGCGAGGCAGCUAUGGCGUGGUCUUUGAGGGUCAUAUAGCCAAAACAGGAAAAAAGGUGGCUAUUAAGCAUCUGCCCUGCAGGGACCCGGAAUGCAUUGAACUGUACUUGCAAGAACUGUGGGCCAUGAGAGCCACAGCCAAGAACCAUGUCAACAUUAUUGCACUCCAUAGCAGCCUCCUGCAGACGGGACAGAGGAGUUUGAAGCCCCUAAGAAAGGGGAAACUGCCUUUACAUCUAGUUGAAAGUGUGCUAAAAGGAAGUGUUGGUCAAGAUAGAGGUUCUCAGUCUAACCCUCGAAGGAGGACUAACGCUGUGUCCAGACUUCAAGACAGGACCAACUCUGCUCCAUCAAACUCACCCUACUCUUUAACUCCACAAAGACCUCCAAAAAGAGCCAGAAAAAGGCCAUCCCAGAGAGGGGACGAGCAGACGGGAUCCAUGCGCUGCUCGGCCUUGUGGCUCGUGAUGGAGUACUGUGACGGAGGUGACUUGAAUCAGUAUCUUCUCUCCAGGCCACUGGACGCCCAUGGCAACCACAGUGUGGUGCAGCAGCUCAGCAGUGCCGUAGCUUUCCUGCAUAACCUUGGUAUAAUCCAUCGAGACCUAAAACCUGACAAUGUGCUUGUCAGUGUUACACCGAGCGGUCCUAUUUUUAAGGUCGCUGACUUUGGUCUCAGCAAGAUGAGUGAGGGCCUAGUGGAUGGAAACCUGACCAGGAAGCACUUCUCUUCCACCUGUGGCUCAGACUUUUACAUGGCUCCAGAGGUUUGGGGUGGACUGACCUACACAGCCCAGGCAGACAUCUUCUCGCUAGGUGUGAUGUUCUGGGCCAUCCUGGAGAGAAUCACCUUCGUGGAGGAAGGUACCACACAGGAACAACUUGGUGCUUACGUGUGUAAGGGUCGCUGGUUGAUGCCACUUGGUGAAGCUUUGUGGGAGAACGCUGAUCUCCAAUUGUGUAUUCCCAUGAAGUGGAAGAGAGCAGCCCCGCUGCCCACCCCUCCCGGCCCAGCGAUGUGUGGCCUGCUUUCCGACAUGCUCUCCUCAAACCCGGAUUCCCGGCCCACAGCGGACCAGCUGGAGGCCAGAGUGUGCAGCGCUCUGAAAGAGGACUCUCACUGAGACAAAGCACUCCUAAUGGCCACAGCCAGCACGUGGAAACAUUUCCUGUGGAGCCAACCGACUGUGGCGUUUCCUCCAUGAGUAAAUAAUAGUGGAGAUAAGAGGGUAAAGCAAGGCCUCCUCAAACAAUUCAAGGUGAUUACAGCCAUUGAAGUGUGGCUGCUUAGCUUUUUGUUAAGAGUCCUGUUGUUGAGCAUUCAGGCCCAGCACUUUUUCCAAAUACAGGUAAAGUAGUUCGACAGGGAGAUGUCAUUCUUCGCUUGUCAUAUUUCAGUCAAUGGCAAAGGGGUGGAAAGUUUCCAGUUAAAGAUGCUUAUUGGAUUGGAGUUAGAAAUCCAUCUCGUAAAAAAAUGGCUGAAGGACAUUAUUCUGCGUGACUCCAUCACUUGACAUUAUUUACUGUUUCAUGAGAAAGUAAGAAUAUAUCUGCAUUUAAUCGACAAAACUCCAGCCAAUUAGGAUUAUUUUGAAAAGGAUUAAUAUUGGCCGAUAAAAUCGGCCAACCGAUUAAGUAGUCGGGUCCUACUCAAAACUCAAAGUUUGGCUUGCAACACAAAGCAAAAAAUGGAGGAAGAACUGCCUCAAAACUGGAAAAAUUGUUAAGUUGCGGCAUUCAAAUUUCAAGGUACCACUGUAUGUCUGUGAAAUGUUUUUUAUUUAAUCAGGGUUAUGCAAAAAUAUAUUUACUCCAUCUUUAAUUAAUUUCCCCAUUAAGAGCCAAUUUUCAAGAUGGUACAUUCCAUUAAAUUUCCAACUUUGAAAAUUCCCAGAAUUUUGCAACCCUAACCACCACCUAUGUCAAUGGUAAUCCAAAAUGUACAAAUAUGAUAUGUUUAUAUACACGAGUUGCAUCAUCUACCUUUGCAAAGAUAAUAAUGCUAAGUUUUGAAUGACUGUCAUUUAUAACAGUAGUUUCUUUAAAACUGCACUGUGUCAUUCUGGGCUAUUGGUUGGUUGUUAAUGUUAUGUAAUCACCUUUAGGUAUAAGGCAGCAGUUAAGCCAUCCAUCCAUCCAUUUUCUGAGCCGCUUAUCCUCAAUCACCCAUUUUCUAUAUCGCUUGUUCUCAUUAUGGUCGCGGGUGAGUGAGAAUCUAUGCCAGCUGACUUUGGGUUUACACCUAUGGAAAAUGUAGUGUCUUCAAUUAACCUAAAAUGCAUGUUUUUGGAAUGUGGGAGGAAGCUGGAGUACCUGGAGAAAACAAACAAGCAAGCACAUGCAAACUGCAUUUGCUGUUAAGCAAACAAGACUAGAGUGCUGUCUUGGGAGAAAAGCAAACCAUUUUGAAGCUGGGAGAAGAGGGAAAAUUGAUCAGAACGAUUGCAUAAACAUUGGGCAUAGCCAAUACAAAAAAAUUGGAAUGCCCUGAAAAAGAGAAACUACUGGUGUACUAAGCAACAGAAAUAGAACAGGUCGGCCAAGGGUAUCUUCAGCAGUUGAUGACAGAAACAUUGUGAGAGCUGUGAAGAAACACCCAAAGACAACAGUCAGUGACAUCACUGCCAACCUCCACAGGGCAGGGGUGAUGUUAUCACAAUCCAGUGUUCGAAGAAGACUUGAAGAGAAGAAAUAUAGAGGCCAUAACAUAAGAUGCAAACCACUCAACAGCAAAAAGAAUCGGAAGGCCAGAGAUAAAGUACAGAGAUAAGCCUCAAAAGUUUUGGAACAAAUUUUAUGGACUGAUAAGACCAAGAUUAACCUCUACCAAAGUGAUGGAAAGGCCAAAGUAUGGAGAGAGAGAGAGAGAGAGAGAGAGGAUUUGCUUCUGAUCCAAAACACACAAGCUCAUCUGUGAAGCAUGGUAGAGGUAAUGUCAUAGUUUGGGCUUGCUUGGCCGCUUCUGGAACAGGCUCACUAGUCUUUAUUGAUGAUGUAACUCAUGAUGGUAGCAGCAGAAUUAAUUCUGAAAUAUUAAAAAAAAAAAAAAAAAACAUUUUGUCUGGCAAUUCACAGAAAAAUGCAUCCAAACUAAUCGGGAGAAGCUUCAUCAUGCAUCAUGACAAUGACCCAAAACACACUGCCAGCACAACAAAGGACUUCAUCAGGGGGAGAAAGUGGAAGGUCUUAGACUGGCCAAGCCAAUCACCUGACCUUAACCUGAAAGAGCAUGCAUUUUACCUCCUGAAGAGGAAACUGAAGGGGCAAAUCCCCAGAAACAAGCAAGAACUGAAAGAGGCUGCUGUAAAGGCCUGGAAAAGCAUUUCAAAUUAAGAUUGCAACAGUCUGGUCAACUCAAUGGGUCGCAGGCUGGAUGCAGUUAUUGCAAGGGUUAUUUAUGACACCAAAUAUUAAAAUGGUAUUCACUUUAAGUGAAUUUAAUAAAAAUCUGUUCCAAUACUUUUGCUCCAUUGAAGUGUGGUGGCUUCAAACAAAAGGUGCUCUGUCUUGAGUUGUUCAACACAUCUAAAUGUAAGUACUAUGAAAUAAA